AUGCGGAAACAGGCGGGCACCACUGAUUCGGCACUGACCAACCAUGGAGUGGCUCAGAUCAAUUGCCUUGCUCAGCAUUUCGUCUCCAAUUCAACUAAAUUCACGACGGUGUUCUCUUCUGAUUUGAGCCGAGCACGAAUCACAGCCGAGGGGGUCUGCCAUGCACAGGUUCCAUCCUCCGGCGAAACACCUUUGCAACCGAUAUUUACUCAAAAUUUAAGAGAGAAAGAUUACGGAUCGAUGGAAGGCCGCUUCUGGAACACCUCUCCUCCAUCGCCAAGGCCUCGAGACUGGGCUAUCCCUGAGUCAAAAGCGUCGAUGAGAAAGAGGGCUGAAAGCUUUUUCAACGAACACCUGCUCCCACUACUGAUGCGUGGUCCACACGGCCGACAGAACAUCGCAGUGGUUGCCCAUGGCAUUAUCCUCCAAGAGCUAUGGGCAUAUUGUAUUGAGAUCUUCAAUCCAACAGAUACACAGAUUGCUCCUGGAAUUCAUGGCACCAACAUGACUACGCUUCAUCGGAAACCUACCUGGUCAAACACCGGCUACAUGACCGUACUGAUUACCCCAGACGCGACACAACAGACUAUGCUGCAUACUGUCAUGCCGGGCUUCGCAUUUGUUGUUCUGAGUAUUGACGAGAAGAAACAUCUUUCCAAUCUCCGUCGCACUAGGGGUGGCGUUGGAACCGCCGCGCAUGAUGUGAAACAAAGGAAGAUUGACCAAUUUUUUCGAUAA